ACAACAGGGUUGGACCUGCUCAAGCACACCCUACCUGCCUUUGUGCAGGUUUAUGGUUUAUUAGCGGAGGCACAUACAUCAGCAGGUCUGUGGAAUACUGAGGCUGCGUCUGCACUGGGCUGCCAAAAAAACCCAAGAGCUCAGGACAAAGGCCACAUCUGCACAGGGACCUGGACUAUCAGUCAUGGCUGUAAAAACCUCCUGUGUUUUACCGGUGCUUUGUUUGGUCGUAGUUGGAAGUGUUCUUUAUCUGUCAUGCUUGGAAAUGUCGGACAGUAUCAGGUGGACGGCUGUGGUUCGAAUCAGUGACAUUGGUGACACCCCAGGACCAGGACUCAGGACUACAGCGUCCGUCCCAGAGACGCCCAUUCCUAUCCUGUACAGAGACAACUACACCAAACUUCCACAGUGGGAUUUUGAGGAUGUUUAUAACAAGGUCAACUCACCCAGAAAGACAACGUGUCAGCAGAGUCUGUGGAAGGCCGUGGAAAAUGACCCAGAGUUCAAGGAGGCUUUUAUUCCCAGUAUUCAAUUAUUCCUGGAAAGCGACAGUAUGAGCAUGAGUGAAUGGAACAGGCUGUCCCAUUUUAACAACCCCUUUGGGUUCAUGGACUACAGCUACAACGAUUUAAUGCCAACAAUAAAGUUGAUCCCAAAGCCCACAGAGCCGCUGAUCGUUCGUAAACCGGGGGGUGACGGCUGUGUGCGCUGUGCUGUGGUGGGAACCGGAGGAAUCCUCAACGGCUCCAAAAUGGGAAAAGAGAUCGAUGCACACGAUUAUGUGUUUAGGAUGAACGGUGCUGUCAUCGAUGGUUUUGAGGAAGAUGUGGGAAAUAAAACGUCCGUGUACGUUCACACUGCUCACUCCAUCACUACGUCCCUGUACGUGUUUAAAAAGUAUGGAUACAAAGCUGCCCCUCAUGAUAAGGGUAUAAAGUAUGUUCUGAUUCCUGAAGGAAAAAGGGAUUUCAACUGGAUGAACGGUCUGUUUAAAGGAGAAAGAAUCGUCUCUGGUUCAUACAAGAAUUCACGUCCACGGACGUACUACAGUGGACAGUACAACGAAAGCCGCUUCUACGUUCUGCACCAGGACUUCCUCAGAUACGUGCGGAACAGGUUCUUACAGUCGAAUAUUCUGAAGGGUCGAUACUGGCGGAUUGUCCGACCCACCAAUGGGGCGUUCACUCUGUUCCUGGCUCUGCACACCUGUGACGUAGUGAACGCAUACGGCUUCAUCACUGAAAACCACAAGGACUUCUCCAACUACUAUGCUGAGAGGAACAUUAAAACUCAUGUGGUUUUCUACAUCAACCAUGACUACAACCUGGAGAAGAACACCUGGAAAAAACUGCACGACUCCAAAAUCAUCAAACUGUAUCAAAGAAGCAACCCUCAAACGGUGGCAGAAGAACCCAAGAAGCCCUGACCCUGACCCUGGUCCUGACCCUGGUCCUGACCCAGACCCAGACUCUGACCCUGGUCCUGACCCAGACCCAGACCCUGGUCCUGACCCUGACCCUGACCCUGACCCAGACUCAGACCCAGACCC